UCUACACUGUUUUUUUCCAAAAUUACAUCUGCAACCACAUGGAGUACUAUUUCUUUGUCCACAACUUUAUUCAUCUUAAAAUAAUUGAAUCCACCCUUCUUUCUUACUCACUCAACUCCAUCUGAAGAUGGCAGCUUUGGAUGAAUCAAUUCUGGCUAAGAUGAAUCGUCGUUGUAUGAUCAUAAACUACGGUGGCGAGUGGAGAGGGUGUGAUUACAUAGGUGGAGAUGAAGAGCUUUUGUUGAUUCCAUUAGGAGGAAUAUCUCGUGCUGCUUUAAUAGAAGAGAUUCAUCACAUUCUAAAUCACAACCAAAAGCAGUGUGAUUGUUUGUUGUUUUGUCUGAUCGAGCUCGGCGAGACUAGGAAGGUCAAAUUGAGAAUAAAAAACGACGUCGAUCUAAGCUACAUGUUUGCAACAUUUCAAAACCCUCUUUUGUAUGUUGUUCUAAACCCAAAGGGGACUCUUUCAUCGUCACUUGGAGAUGAUCCGGACUACAGCUUAGACCAUGUUUGGUAGAUAUGAUAAGGCCAUUUUCAUCGUCACUUGGAGAUGAUCCGGACUAAAGCUUAGGCCAUAUUUGGUAGAUAUGAUAAGGCCAUGUUAUAAUUGUUAAACUAAUAUUUGAUAGCUAUGUUAAAUUAUAUUAUGGCGUAUAUUUAUUUA